AGAAGGCCCGAGAAAAUCCUGCAAUUUCAGAGCCAACCUGCUCUACGUCGAUUGAUGUUCAAGUUGAAGUACAUCAAGAACAUUCUGUUUCGGAUCCACCAAGAAAGUCAAAAACACCAGCAGAACGUAGUCGUGAGUAUAGAGCCCGGAAGAAAGCCCUAAAAAAUUCUGCAAUUUCAGAGCCAACCUGCUCUACGUCGAUUGAUGUUCAAGCUGAAAUACAUCAAGAAAAUUCUCUUUCGGAUUUACCAAAAACGUCAAGAACACCAGCCGACCGUAGUCGUCAGUAUAGAACUCGGAAAAAAUCUACGAUGGUCCUUAAAAACUCAGUACUAAAUGCUCCAUCUACUGAAACCUUUUCAACAGAUAAUCCGUGUACUAGGGAUCAAGAGGGUGCAAUUUUAUCUGAAGCAGAUUUUAUUAUUAGAGACAUUCCAAAUACUACAACGACGCCAAGUAUCAACAACGUUACGAGAGGCUUCCAGGCUAAUGAUUUGCGUGUACCUUAUUCUACUUUUUAUCAUCAUAAAAAAGCUCAUGACGAGUUUAAGAAUAAAAUCAUCAAUAACUCGUUCGGACAUAUUUGCUCAGUCUGUGAUAGGUUGUGGUUUAAAAGGGAUCUCAAAUCUGCAUCUAAUCAACAUCAACAGAUUUUAAAUACAAUUCUUCCUCUUACAUCUAUAGAGAAGAUUGCUUUAUGUACUACGUGCUUUACAUCAUUGAAUAAAGAUAAAAUUCCAAUGAUGUCAGUGUAUAACUUCGAAGUCAUUCUCAGGAUCUAACAAAUUCUGUUAUACAGGCUUCAAACAUCGUACUUCUAUCUGAAACUUGGUUAAAUGACUCUGAAGAUAUAAGUAUACCUAAUUUCAACUGUAUAGUAAAAUUUAAACGACCAAAUGUUCGAGCA